CCACUCCACAAAUCCUCCGACUCACGGCGUCUCACCAUUUGCCAUCGCAGCAGUCGAUUCCGAGCUUGAUCGAUUCGUCCGUUCGCGUUUCGCGGCGAGGAGAAGAGCGAGAAUGUCGGGGCGCGGGAAGGGAGGGAAGGGGCUGGGCAAGGGAGGCGCGAAGCGGCACCGGAAGGUCCUCCGCGACAACAUCCAGGGGAUCACGAAGCCGGCGAUCCGCCGCCUGGCCCGGCGGGGCGGCGUGAAGCGCAUCAGCGGGCUGAUCUACGAGGAGACUCGCGGUGUACUCAAGAUCUUCCUCGAGAACGUGAUCAGGGACGCCGUCACCUACACCGAGCACGCCCGCCGCAAGACGGUGACGGCGAUGGACGUCGUCUACGCGCUCAAGAGGCAGGGCCGGACUCUCUAUGGGUUCGGCGGUUAGGGCGGGUUUGAGGGUGGUUAGCGAGGGAAAAAGCAAGUCUUGCUGUCAAGAAGGAGGAAGGAGGGAAGUUUUCUCUUUAGGCUGUAGAUUGGGAGUGAAAUUAGGGUUUCGGUGGGGAUUGGAUUCUUGUUUUUUGAAGGGUAAUCUUGUAAAGAAAGGAUCUUUGAAUGGAAUUGGAAUGGGUGGGAUUUGAGAGA